AUGCCGUCCAGAAAACGCGCCGCCGACGAAAUGGACGUCGAGGCGCCUGCAGCAGAGCCGAGCACCCUACAGAAACUGCGCAACAUGUGGCAGUUUGCCAAUCUCGCCCAGUACAUCAGCCUGUUUGGCGAUGCCGUCAAGAUCGACAGGGACUUUGACAUCGAGGACCUCGAGUCCGAAUGCCUCAAGCCACAACCCUCCGAAAAACUUGCUCAGAUUGGCCUGGCGCUGCUGAAGCAUGUCUCGUCACACAAGGGCCUUACGCUUGAGAUAUUCGAUGAAUACGCCCGUCGACAGUACGUCGCCAAAGCACCCACCCGAAACCCCUUUGGCGAGGAUGAAGAGCCCCUCAAAUUCAACGAUUUCGACGUCUUCACAAAGAUACGCGUGCUACAGCAAUUGUCUAUAUGGACGCUCAACAAUCCAAACUCAAUAAGGGAGAGGAUGGCUGCAACAGAUGGAGAGCAGGCACUCUGGCGCAUGGAGCCCACUGGUUGGGACUCACAGGAAAGGACUAUCUACAUUCUUGAUGAUAAUCGCAUGUACCGAAUGACAGAUCCACCCCCACCCCCCGAACCGACAAAGACAAAGUCGAAACCGAAGCCAAAAAAGUCCAAGGGCUCCCGAUCCAGCAAGCGACAAAAGAUAGCAACUCCCGAGCCCGAGGAGACUGCCGAAGAAGAGCAAGCAAUAAGUGAACAGUCUGAAGAGGUUGAUGACGGCUUUGGAGGUAGGAAAUGGGAAUGCGUCUGCGUCACUUUGGAAGAUUAUCAGGAGUACAUUAACAGUAUCCGAAAGAGUCGUGAUCCCAAUGAGAAGAUUUUAUGCAAACGCAUCCAAGAAGACGUCAUCCCCGUCAUGGAGAAACUGGCCGAGGAACAAGCCAGGAAGCAGGCUCGCAAGAUGAAAGAGUUGGAGAAUAUGCAGAAAUUAGCCAUGGCGAAGCGCUCGUCCCGAAUCUCGUCCCGUCUCGAGAAACAAAAGGAGAUUGAGGAGGCUGAAGCAGCAGAGAAAAAGAGACAGGAGGAACUUGCCAUGGCCAAGGCAGAACAGGAGAAGCAGAAAAAGCUUGAAGAAGCACAGGACUCGCGCAGGAUGACCCGCGAGCAGCGGCUCAAAGAGCGAGAAACUGCCAAAAUCCUGAAAGAGGAGGAGCUUCGCAAACUCCAGGAAAAUGAACAGAAGCUGGCUUCUAACAGCGCGAGGUUAUCAGAGAGGCACCUCAAGGCCAUGAUGAAGAAACAUGAAAGUGACCUCAAGAGGCUCAACGAAGAGGAAGACUGGUUCUUUGACUGUGAGAAAUGUGGCAAAUACGGUUCCAACUUGAACGACGACACGCCCCAGAUAUCUUGUGAAAAGUGCAAUGUCUGGCAACACAUGAAAUGCCAUGGAAUCACUGAAAAGCAGACCGAGGAUCCCAAGUUCGUAUUCAUUUGUACUUCGUGUAAACGCAAGGAGGCAGAGGCGGAGCAGCCCAAACCUCCGUCUCUGAAAUUACGCCUAACGUCACAAUCGCCCGCGUCUAAUGAUCAGUCACGAACCAACGGUGUCAAAUCAUCUGGACUCGACUCAAUUCGGAUACCAGCACCCCAACCCUCCGCUCCACAAGCCUUCCAGCCCUCCAUGCACCCUGUACAGCCUUGGGCUGACGGUCCAAGUCUAUCACCACGAGGUCAAGCUCUUGGACCCCCUGGUAUUCAAAGAUCCGAGGCCGCAUACGGAUCGCCAACAAAGGGUGCAAACGGCAGCAUGUCCUCGCCAAUACGGCCCCGUCCAUCCUCCCCUACAUCCUCACCUCCACCCUACAACCUCCACCGGAUACCCAGCAGUCCCACAAAGAGCAGUCCCACAAAGGGCUCCCACACAUCACACGCACCCCAAAACGGCAACACCUCAUUCAGCGCCAACCCCUUCAGCUCAAACCCCUUCGCCGCAUCCUCGCAACCCCUCCCCUCCUACGCCCGCAGCUUCAGCCGCCCUACCUCCGCCGCCGGCGGCUCCCCCGUCAAACACUCCCCCGCCGCGUCCCCCCGCCCCUCCAACGGCCUCCCCCCGAACUUCCAAUUCAACAGCCCGCACUCCUCCUUCCCCCCUUCCUCAGCGCACCGCCCUUCUUUCUCCCCCGUAAAACACUCCUCCCCAGCCCCCCUCCCCGCAACAAUGUCCUCGCCCGCUCCAGCACCCAUGCGCAUCGCUCCGUCGCCAUCCUCGCAAAUGCCCGCGCAAAUGCUUCCCGACCCGAUUCCUGCGCCGUCGAAACACGAUGGUGUGCGCUUACCGAGUCAUACUCAUCAUCUGUCUGAAACUCCGGUUUUCCCCCCCGUAAAGAGUCUGGAGCCCCUGAGUAGUCCGACGAUACUGGAUCCGCCGGUUAAGAAGUCGAGUCCUGCUCCUGAACGGUUUCGGGGGACUGUGAGGGAGGAGUAA